AUGUUGCAGUCUUUUAAGGAUACUAUGUCCGAUUGGCUGUUGUCGGUUGACUCCCGGAAGAAAGAUUACGGUUCAUUAGCUGACUGGAAACAGCAGCGGGGCAAUGAACGGCAGGGAAGACUAAGGAGAAGAGCCACCAGUAAUCGAUUCAAAGUCACAAAACCAAUAGGGUCACGUAGCAGCAUAACUAGCAACUCCCCUGAACAACCAAAACCGCCAACUUCAAGCAACGCCGUAGUUCCAUCAUUAUGGGAAAAGAUACAGUCGGUUUUCAGCACCGAUCAACGCGAAUUACGCGAUAUGAAGAGUACAUUUGCAAACUAUAGACUACCAUACACAGAAGAGAAUGAAACCAGAAGGAGGCAGGGUUUAACCUCAAGUCGACUUGCUAGAAGCGAGACAUUUAAAAAGCGAAUGAUGGAAAAGAUGUACGAUGACAGAAUGCUAGAACAGCUGCGGGCAAGCGUCGACAAGCGAAAGUCGACGCAUCGCGGCGACUCUAUUGCCGCCCUUUCGAAUGCAGAGUCAGACCAGGUUGUACUGCUGCAAAACCGGCUUCAAAAACUUGAGCAGCAACUCUUCAACACCCAGAAAGAAUUAGAACUCACCAAUAAGAAACUCACAUUUGCUCACGAGAAAACUAGGCUACUAGAGUCUCUUCUAGAUGAGGCAAACGUAGACAAUGAAUAUGUCAAAUCCCGUAGGCGAAUUGCAAACCUGAAAGCUACGACUGAUAAUCAGCCACAAUUAAGGUCUCUAUCUCCUUCUCCUAAGAGAUCACACCCAGUAAAUCCGCUGUUUACUUCAAGUCCUAUACGAACUCAAAACGUCGAAAGCCCUUACAAACAUGAUAAAGAACUCGAUAAUUUCUACUCCAAGUACCCUAGUAUACCAAAGACAGAGUUUAUGAACCAAUCUGCUAAUGGAACUAACGAUAAUGAGUCCCUUUCUCCUGUUAGAGUCGAUUAUAACAAGUACUCCUCACCUCGUUAG